ACGUCAAACAAGAAAAUGACAUUUGGUGAAGCGACUACUAAAUAGGCGGAACAGUUUUUAUUUUCUAUUUGUAUCUAAUAUAUUUUAAAGAUCAUUAAAUUGUUCCUCUUACUUUUUAUUAGAGAAUGAUGUCUACUACAGAAGGUGAAUUGGAUGUUGAAAUCAGUAACGAACGAGAGGAUGGGGAGUUGGAUGAUUCCGACGUUGAAGAGGGUGCUUAUAUACCCCUGGAGCGACCAGAUACGUUCAAUCCUCCAUCGUUAGUUCACAUGCAAAUCCAAGAUGAGCAGAGUGACGAGGCGUCGCCGCAGGAGUCGUCAGGAUCGGAGUCAGAUGACGAACCCCGGCGUCGCCCUAAGCGGUUGAAGGUUCGUCCGCGGCGACCACAACCACCGCCACAGCAAGAAAAGAAAAACAAAUAUAAUGUUUGGUGCACAGCAUUGCAGGAGGACUUACUUACGGAAGAUAUGGUCACCUGUGAUGUGUCAAAAAAAAGCAGAUACGGCGUUGAAUCUUAUGAUUAUACUAUUAAGUAUAGGUUAGAUGAUGACUAUAUAUCUAAGAAAGUAUUUUCCAAUAGUAGUGAUGAUCGGGAAAGGUCAUCGAAUAAGAGGACAAAUGAAGAACGGUCUAAUGUGAAAUUAAGGCUCGGCAAACGAAUUAACAGCCACAGGCACUUGGAGGAGAAACAGAAGCCUAGGUAUUUGCCAGAUCUGUCCGUUACCACUGAGGACUCGAUAGAUGGAGUUGCCAGUGAUAUUGCUGUAAAACUUGAUGAGGAGAAGAAAGAUUUAAUAGCGAGGAUUGUUCAAGUAAUUGGUGCCCACAAAGCUAUGGAAAUAUAUAAAGAGACACAAAGGGUGGAAGCAGAUGGAGGCAUGCUGGUGGUGAACGGCACGCGUCGCCGUACACCAGGUGGCGUGUACUUCUUCCUGUUGAAACGUGACGUGGACAUCUCUCAGGAGAUGGUGAAUCAGAUCUUCAACGAAGACCGCAGGGAAACCGCGCGCCGCAUCAAGAAGGCACGCGCCAAGAGCCGCCAGAAAGUCAUGGAGCAGUUGAAGCAGAGUCUUACAGAUUCUGAACUACCCUCACUGCUAUCUCGAGGCGAGGCGACAGUGCAGUCGGAGCACGGGUCCAACCCGCCGCCGUCGCCCGCGACCGACGCCCGCGACUGCUCGAGCGACACUGACGGCCACGCGGACGGCCCGCACGACGCGAGCGCCCCGUCCCCCGCGCGCCCCGCCUCCCCGCUGCCGGACCGAACGGAGCGCCCUCUGCAGGACUACGACGACGACGACUACUUAGAAGUGAUGUGCAACGAUGACAUGGACAUGUUCUAAGCUGUGAUUGGACGAUACGGUGCUUCGUGAUUGGUGAAUUUAGUGCGACAGCUUCGCAAUCUAAUAUUAACAGUGGAUUCGCAGCUCGUAUUACCAGGGAUGAAGGUUUCUUUUGCUGUGAAGUUAAAUACAAAUAAGGUCAUCUUUGUCUUGUUGAAAGUGUAAUGUGAAAACACAUUACACUUUGAGAUAUUUUUACACUGUUGACGAUUACCAUAAGCAUAAUUUUCAUUUCCCUUGAUUGAGCUUAACAUUGGUGACAAUAUCGUCUAAGUAACGUUAAAAACAAUGGCGGUGCUCCUGUCCACUACUUCUUAAAAGGGCUUUAAAUCUAAAUAAAAUAUUUACUUACGCACAUAAUAAAAUCAUUCUUGAAUCUAUAAUUAUUAGACCAACUUCUUGGGUAGCAUUGAUUGUGAGCAAAUACUGCAGAUGACUGGCCUAUGUUUAAAACCCUAACCUUACCCCGAUUAAGUAUUAAUUAAGGAACUAAUUGUAAGUUUAACCUCUACCUAGUAGUUAACCAACCUUUGAUUUUAUACCAAAGGAUUUUUUAAAUGAGCAGCUGUUUAAAGAUUUUUAAUCUUGGGUUUACCUUAGUUGCAUUCUUUACUGUUUGCUAAAACUACCUGGAGUCCACUUAAUUAUUACUCCUGGUGUUCGUCCCGGUUGCGUCCUCAUUUCUCCGGAAGAGCUUGAUCCUGGAAUGGAUAAAUUCCUGAACUACUAAAAAACAACUUCUGUCUGAUCUCGCGAUUUUGCAAGAGAACUUACCCAUGGAAUCUUGUUUACAUCACAGAAUUAUUAAUAGUACUAUACUAUAUACUGCAUGCAUAUUCAGACACUGGGUGUUUGUUACUUGUUUGAAUAUGCAGGUUUCCUCAAGAUGAUUUUCCUCGCCGUAAAAGAGUCGGUUAGCGAUCAAACGAAUUUAUAGAAACACAGAAAAGAGUCAUGGGAUAUGGGACCCACAGCAAGUUAUUGUUACUUUUUAUGUUGUGAAAUAAUUCGUUACUCCCAAACAACAAUUUCUUUAAGAGCUUGAUGAUCUUAUAUUUUUGAACUUAAAUUUUUAGUCAAAAUAGUAAUUGAGAUGUAAAUAUUUUCAAGUAUUGCAUUAAUUCAUGCUUACUUAUUUGGCAAGACGAAGGGCACUAAAUUUCUUUAUCCACAUUUUUAGACUGAAUAAUGUCGACAUUUUGCCUAGUUGAUCUCUAAUAUCAAAAUACUGUCAAGAUUA